UUUUUGCAGGGUUUGCUAUCGCUUCUGCGAAGUCUAAAGUCAAAUGCAAGUAAGGAAUUAAGGAUUCUUUUCCUUGGUUUGGACAAUGCCGGCAAAACUACGAUUUUGAAGCAGCUUUCUCAUGAAGAAAUAACUCAGAUCACCCCAACGCAGGUAUGUUAUGUGCCUCUUUUCGUCGACGAUGAAGGCGAGAAAUAACGCCCUAAUUAAAUAUGUUUCCUUUUCAGGGAUUUAACAUCAAAAGUGUCCAAGCCCAAGGUUUUAAGUUAAACGUAUGGGAUAUAGGAGGUAAGCGUAGCUUUGCUGUUAUUACGUGCAAAAAAUCAUAGUGUUUUCAAACAAUGUCCUGGUGAGUAAUCUUAUUAUUUGAGAGUAUUCGUGUACUUAAUUAUUUUGAUGUUUGAGAACUAUCGGCUUAGAGGACAAGUUUUGUAUUAUUUGUCUUCUUUUAUUAGGUCAAAAAGCCAUUCGUCCGUAUUGGAAAAAUUAUUACGAACACGUUGACGUUCUGGUAGGUAUUGAUUGACAGUCAUUAGACAAUUCACCAAAAUCAGCAAUAAUAACUUCUGAAAUUAACACUUCAGUCCUAUCUUUUAAGGAUAUUUCCAGCGAAUUUGUUUGCUUAAAUAUCUGCCAGUGCUUGGUUUAAUACCCACUUGCUGUGCUUUCCAUUUUUCCUCAGGUUUAUGUUAUAGAUAGCGGAGAUCGUAAGAGAAUAGAGGAAAAUGGUAUUGUAAGUAUUGCAUACUACUUAUUGCCACUCUUUAAAUUAUAAAUAUUGCGUAAAUUCUGUCAUGCAAGUCUCUUAGACAUUGGUAAUCUUCACUUGUUUGUUCUCAAGCUUGUAAUGUUCAAUGUGAGUGUCAGUUUGAAGUUUUGAAAGUUACUUUCAAUUGGAAGUUGUGGUACUUCCUGUUUGACAGUAGGCACAGAAUUUGAUAAUAAAGUUAAUUUAUAUGGUAAUUCUUUGUAGAUGGUACAAUAUCUUUUUCUUUAGGAACUAGAAGAGCUGCUCUCUGAGGAGAAACUAUCUGGUGUACCUAUGCUUGUUUUUGCUAAUAAACAGGAUCUUUUGGGAGCUCAACCUCCAGAUGAGGUAACUAAUAACUUACUUUACAUUAAUUUCCGG